AUGGGUAAAGAAGGUGGGGAAGCACUGAAUGAAUAUUUUAAGAGAAUGAGGAAAAUGAAUGAUGGCUUUGUCUCCGUCAUGGAUGUGGAUGAUGAGUUCAGAGUUAGGAAUAUCUUUUGGGCUGACGCAAGAAGUCGAGCGACAUAUGAAUAUUUUGGAGAUGUGAUAACGUUUGAUACAACGUACCUCACAAAUAGGUACGGAAUGCCGUUUGCUCCCUUUGUUGGUGUCAACCACCAUGGCCAGUCCAUACUCUUAGGGGCAGGCUUAAUUUCUAGUGAAGAUACAAGUACUUUUGUGUGGUUAUUUGAAGCUUGGUUAGAAUGUAUGAAUGGACGGGCACCCCAAGCCAUAAUAACAGACCAAGACAGGGAAAUGAAGAAUGCGAUUGGCAUAGUAUUUCCGAACACAAGGCAUAGAUAUUGUCUCUGGCAUAUCAUGCGGAAAUUGCCAGAAAAAUUGGGAUCCCACUUAGAAUACAACGGGUUGAAGACUGCCAUUCAGAAUGCAGUCUACGAUACACAGAGCUGCGAAGAAUUCGAGGAGAAGUGGGAGCAGUUAAUGCUUAAGUAUGAGCUUACUGAUAAUGCAUGGUUGCAGGGGUUAUACACCGAGAGGUCAUUUUGGGUACCAGUCUUCCUGAAAGGUGUAUUCUGGGCUGGUAUGAGCACUACCCAACGGUCAGAAAGCAUGAACGCCUUCUUCGACGGAUUUGUGCAUUCCGGUACGACAUUAAAAGAAUUUGUCGACCAAUUCGACAAUGCCUUGAGGAAGAAGGUGGAGACGGAGACGAUAGCUAAUUUCCAGUCCUGUAACCAAACAAUCCCAUGUGUUUCCCCAUUCAAAAUUGAGAGGCAGUUUCAGUCAUUGUACACGAAUGCAAAAUUUAAAGAGGUCCAAGCAGAGGUUUGGGGGAUGCUUUUAUGUAACCCUUCACUUGUGAACAUAAUAGGUAGCAUUUCUACCUACGAUGUCUUUGAAGAAAUUUCCACCCGCGAUGGACAGUCCAAAAUUAUGAAGUACAUAGUUUACUUGAAUGAAGAGGAAUUUGAAGUCAAAUGCACGUGUGCCCUAUGGAGGAAAGAUACAAAGAGAAGAUACACACUGGUUAAGAGUAGCUAUGAUGAUUGUCGGGUGAAUGCGGAUGCACGUCGGUAUGACCUUGUUGUUAAAAGAUGUAUAAGAUUUGCGACACGUGUAUCUAGGAGCGAUGAGCAUGUGAGUGCUUUCUUUCAUUACUUGGAUGAGUUUGAGCAGAAGUUGGUUGGAGUAGAGCCUGAGUCCUGUUCAACAAAGAUGAAAGAGAAUGUGGAUGCAGAAAGGGGUAAGAAAAUAUUAAGUCCACAAGUUGUUCGGGGGAAAGGGAGGCCGCCAACGCGAAGAAAGGUCCCGAUGGUUGAGAAGGCUGCAAGGAAGAGAAAGAAGAAACAGAUAAAGCGGAAAAUAUUUGACGAGGAAUCACAAGUUGGUGUGGCCGUUGACGAGGUUGUUAUCCCAACCCAGUGUAGUAAUCUAACUCAAGUAACGCCUACAGCCAAUGAUCAGGUGUGA